AUGAUCAGACAAUCUACUUUAAAAAACUUCGCUAUUAAGCGUUGCUUCCAACAGAUCGCAUAUCGCAACACACCAGCCAUGAGAUCCGUAGCUCUCGCGCAACGCUUUUAUAGUUCUUCCUCGCGUUAUUAUAGUGCAUCCCCACUACCAGCCUCCAAUAGACCAGAGCCUGCCCCAAGUUUCAAUGUCGAUCCGUUGGAACAGGCAGCAGAACCUUCGAAAUUGGCUAAAAGACUGCGCACUGAACCUGAUAUGGAUACCUCAUUUGUGGGUUUAACUGGUGGUCAGAUAUUCAACGAAAUGAUGUCCAGACAAAAUGUUGACACCGUAUUCGGUUAUCCAGGUGGUGCAAUCUUACCUGUUUAUGAUGCCAUCCAUAAUAGUGAUAAGUUCAAUUUUGUUCUUCCAAAACACGAACAAGGUGCCGGCCAUAUGGCCGAAGGCUAUGCUAGAGCUUCUGGUAAACCAGGGGUUGUAUUAGUUACUUCUGGUCCUGGUGCGACCAACGUUGUUACGCCAAUGGCAGAUGCCUUUGCUGAUGGUAUUCCAAUGGUUGUUUUCACGGGACAAGUCCCAACUACUGCCAUCGGUACCGAUGCCUUUCAAGAAGCUGACGUCGUCGGUAUUUCCAGGUCCUGUACCAAAUGGAAUGUUAUGGUAAAGUCUGUAGAAGAACUGCCAUUGCGUAUUAAUGAAGCCUUUGAAAUUGCCACAAGUGGUAGACCAGGCCCAGUUUUGGUUGAUCUGCCAAAGGAUGUUACUGCAGCUAUCUUAAGAAACCCAAUUCCCACCAAAACCACUCUCCCAUCAAACGCGCUAAACCAAUUAACCAGUCACACACAGGAUGAAUUUGUCAUGCAAAGUAUUAACAAGGCGGCUGAUUUGAUCAAUCUAGCAAAGAAACCUGUCUUAUACGUUGGUGCAGGUAUUCUAAAUCAUAUUGACGGUCCAAGAUUACUAAAAGAAUUAAGUGGACGUGCCCAAAUACCUGUCACCACUACUUUACAAGGAUUGGGUUCUUUCGAUCAAGAAGAUCCAAAGUCUUUAGAUAUGCUUGGUAUGCAUGGUUGCGCCACUGCUAACUUGGCAAUACAAAAUGCCGAUUUGAUAAUUGCAGUAGGUGCUAGAUUCGACGAUCGUGUCACAGGUAAUAUCUCGAAAUUCGCGCCAGAAGCUCGUCGUGCUGCUGCGGAAGGCAGAGGUGGUAUCAUUCAUUUUGAAGUUAGCCCAAAAAACAUAAAUAAAGUCGUUCAAACUCAAAUAGCGGUGGAGGGUGAUGCUACUACCAACAUAGAAAAAAUGAUGUCCAAGAUUUUCCCCGUGAAGGAGAGAUCAGAAUGGUUUGAUCAAAUAAAUAAAUGGAAGAAGAAAUAUCCAUACGCUUUUAUGAAGGAGACUCCAGGAUCCAAAAUUAAACCACAGACAGUCAUAAAAAAACUAUCUAAGAUCGCUAACGACACAGGAAGACAUGUAAUUGUCACAACGGGUGUGGGGCAACAUCAAAUGUGGGCUGCUCAACACUGGACGUGGAAAAACCCCCGUACAUUUAUUACUUCGGGUGGUUUAGGUACUAUGGGUUACGGUCUCCCAGCCGCCAUUGGUGCUCAAGUUGCUAAACCAGAGUCUUUGGUUAUUGAUAUUGAUGGUGAUGCAUCUUUUAACAUGACUCUAACGGAAUUGAGUUCUGCUGUUCAAGCCGGUACACCGGUUAAGAUUUUGGUUUUGAACAAUGAGGAGCAAGGUAUGGUCACUCAAUGGCAAUCAUUAUUCUACGAACAUCGUUAUUCGCACACACACCAGUUGAAUCCUGACUUCGUGAAAUUAGCAGACGCUAUGGGCCUAAAAGGUUUAAGAGUCAAGAAGCAAGAAGAAUUGGAUGCUAAGUUGAAAGAGUUUGUUUCCACCAAAGGCCCAGUUCUGCUUGAAGUGGAGGUUGAUAAAAAAAUUCCUGUUUUGCCAAUGGUUGCAGGUGGUAGCGGUCUAGAUGAAUUUAUAAAUUUCGACCCUGAAGUUGAAAAGCAACAAAUCGAAUUACGUCAUAAGCGUACCGGCGGUAAGUAUUAA